AUGAAAUAUGUACAAUUAUGCAUGAUUAUAAUUUUGUUUGAUAGCCUACAAAAUCAGCAUAGAUUAUUCAAUGUAGACGCAGAUGUUAUAUCUGUUACACCAUGCGCUGAAUGCUUCAAUUGUACAACAUUUAACGAGUGUAAUUAUACACAAUGGAUAUAUUUUUCUGGAGCUCCUGCUCUUACAUUUAUCUAUUUACAUAAGUUACAAACAUUGACUACAAAUUCUUGUUUAUUAGAAUGUCAAAACAAUUUACAAUGUUAUUCAUUUACAACUAAACCU